CCUCUUCAGCAACUGCUCUCUACCAGAACAGCCUCUCCCUUCCUUUCCUAACUCCCACAACUUAUCAAACCUCGACCUGAGCAGCAACAGUUUCAAAGGAUUCAUUCCAGGCUCUCUUUUUUGGCAGCACCCCAACCUCGUCAACCUCAAUUUGGCUAACAACGAUCUUGACUCGAGCUUCCCUUCAGCAAUCACCAAUGCUGCCAAUCUGCAAUCCGUCUUCCUCUCAGGCAACCAGCUCAGCGGCCCCCUGCCGGACCUCUCAGCACUGCCCAGCAUCGUGUCGCUCUCCCUCUUUGACAACUCCCUCUCCUCCAUACCGCCCGCUAUGCUCGCCAAGAGCAACAACAUCACGCUGCAGCUAUUCAACAAUGAUCUGUGCAAGCCAUUCAAUCCAGACUACACGCAAGUCUGCUCCCCCCCGACCCCCCUCACCCAAUACACUGCCCCUGCUUUCUGCGACGGCCUCGCCUGCCAGUCCGACCUCUACAGCCCUAGCGCACCGCUCUAUAACGAGUCGCUCUCCUGCGUGUGUGUAUCCCCAUUAAGAGUCGAUCUAGAGCUGUUUAUAUCGGAUUUCGUGGUGUAUCAUGAGGCGCUGGUGCGGCAGCUGGAGCAGCGGAUCUACUCUGAGCUCACCAGCAAGUCCCACAUCAACAUGACCCGGGAGCAGAUUCUCAUCACUUCCAUCAACAGCCUCGUCUCUCUCUCCUCCCUCGCCGCCACCUUCGCCUCGGACCACACAGACCACCAGUCCACGCUCAUCAUCACCGUCCUCUUCUUCCCGCCGGGGGCUGAUGGCAGCUGGUACCCGCGAGACACACCGCAGGCCAUCCGCAGCGCCCUCACCACCAGGGACCUUGCCGUGCGCGUUGCCCUCGGCAAUUUUGGGCUCUUUCGAGUGGUUGGCUUCUACGGCCCAGCACCCUACAACCCCCCAUUGCAGCCGGCCGCGUCCGGGCUGAGCACGGGUGCUAUUGUUGCCAUUUCAGUGUGCUCCGCUGCUGUUGCCAUCGCCCUCAUUGUCGGUCUGCUCAUGCGUCCCUGGGAGAAGAAAAGGUGGAGCCAUGCGGACUACGAGGCACUGGAGGGCAUUACCCUGCAGCAAGCCCGCCGCUACUCGCUGCGACAGCUGGCGGAGGCAACCAACGGCUUUGAUGACUCGCUUGUGCUGGGCACGGGCGGUUACGGCAAGGUGUACCACGGCAUUCUGAACGGCGAGUCGGUGGCGAUAAAGAAAGCGACAGAGAAGCACCGGCAUGCAGGAGUGGAUUUCAAGAACGAGAUAGAGAUGCUGACAGCCGUGUCUCACGGCAACCUGGUGAAGCUCACUGGCUUCUGUGUGGAGCAGGACGAGCAGCUGCUGGUCUUCGAGUUCAUGGAGGGGGGGGCUUUGGACGCCUGGAUCAAAGGUAAGAUGGGGCGUCCUUUAUCAUGGAAGGAGAGAAUGCGGAUCGCUCUUGAUGCGGCGAGUGCGCUUCACUACUUGCACAAGGAAAUGAGACCCGGCAUUAUCCACCGUGAUAUCAAACCCGCCAACAUUCUCCUGACAGCAUCUCUUGAAGCCAAGGUGGCCGACUUUGGCAUUUCCAAGUCGCUGCCAGAAAGGGGCGAGCUGGUGCAGGAGGAGAUCAUCGGCAGCAAGGGCUACAUAGACCCGCACUUCGCUGUAUCAGAGGUACUAACGGAGCGCAGUGACGUGUUCAGCUUCGGGGUGGUGCUGCUGCAGCUGGCCACGGGGCAGCCGCCCGUCAUUCAGGGAGUGCCGCUCAGCCAGGUCGUGCUGCACCUCGCCUUCGGCCCCCACGGUCUUGCCUCCACCAUCGAUCCCAAACUCUCUCAGCUUCUUCCCCAGGCCAGUGAAGCUGCUCCUGCUGCUGCUGGUGCAUCAUAUGGUGCCUCUUUCCACGCUGCUGCUGGCGUAAACGGUGCUUCCAAUUACGGAGCUUUUGCUGCUAAGGGUGGUGCUGGUGCUCCUGGUUCUGCAGCGGGAGGCGAAGUGAGUGCGGGGGAGAUGGUGGAGGGGUUGGAGGAGACGUUCGGCACGUUCCUGCGGGUGGCGCUGUGGUGCACAGCAGAGCACCCCUCGCUUCGUCCCGACAUGGAGCAGGUCGUAUCUGCACUGCGCAGCAUCAGGGACCACCUCCGGGCGCUACCUGGGGGAGGCACUCCUGUGGGCCCCGCAGGGGUAGUCCCAAGCAGCGCCAGCAGUUACGGUGCUGCUGCUGAUGUGUCGCUAGCCACUCGUGCCAGCAGUGCAGGAGGCGGUUAUUCUCCUGCCGCCCGGUCUCCUGAGACCGGAUUCACAGGAGGGGCUGCCAGCCUGUCAACUCUUUGGAGUCACACGCCGGCUUCCAGUGGUCAAGCCAGGUCAAACUGGUCAAACUUUGAGGUGCCUCAGAAACAAACUCCUCCCAGCGGUCAACCGGGGUCAAGCUGGUCAAAUUUUGAGGUGGAGCAGGGAGGGAUGGAUGGGUAUGAUGACACUGGCACACACCAUCAGAUGCUCACAGGCCCCCAUGCCCGAUAG